AAUAACCUGAACAAAUGUUUAGUCAGGUUUAAGACACAGUUAUUAACUGUUUUUUUUCUUUCUUCAGGUUCUCAAAACUCAUUUCUACAAAUUAUAUUUCCAGAGAAAAUCCAAGCAAAUACAAGUGAUAAUUCAGAAAUAGAAGACGAACAGAUAUCCUAUAUUAUUCCAAUUGAUGAGAAACCAUAUACUGUGCACCUUAAGCAAAGAAUUUUUUUAGCAGAUAAUUUUAUGGUUUAUUUGUAUAAUCAAGGAUCUGUGAAUUCUUAUUCUUCAAAUAUUCAGGCUCAGUGCUACUACCAGGGACAUGUUGAAGGAUAUCCAAGUUCUGUUGUUGCACUUAGCACAUGCUCUGGACUGAGAGGAAUACUGCAAUUUGAAAAUGUUUCUUAUGGAAUCGAGCCUCUGGAAUCUACAGUUGAAUUUCAGCAUCUUCUUUAUAAAUUAAGGAAUGAAAACAAUGAAUUUGCAGUUCUUACUGAAAAUAACCGAGGCAUAGAACAAAACCCAAUGAACUAUAAUAUUUUUAUCAGUGAAAAAUCAGAAUCAACUGUUCCAGAUUUAAUUCCUCUUUAUCUAGAAGUACAUAUUGUGGUGGACAAAGUUUUGUAUGAUUACUUGGGAUCUGAUAGCAUGAUAGUAACAAAUAAAGUCAUCGAAAUUAUUGGCCUUGUAAAUUCAAUGUUUUCCCAAUUUAAAGUUACUGUUGUGCUGUCAUCAUUGGAGUUGUGGUCAGAUAAAAAUAAGAUUUCUACAGUUGGUGAGGCGGAUGAAUUAUUGAGUAGAUUCUUAGAAUGGAAAAAGUCCUAUCUUACCCUAAGGCCUCAUGAUAUUGCAUAUCUAUUCAUCUAUAGAGAUCAUCCAGAUUACUUGGGAGCAACGUUUCCUAGAAAGAUGUGUGUUACCCAUUAUUCUGCAGGAAUUGCUUUGUAUCCCAAGGAGAUAACUUUGGAAGCAUUUUCAGUUAUUGUCACCCAGAUGCUGGGAAUCAGUCUGGGAAUAUCAUACGAUGACCCAAAGAAAUGUCAGUGUUCAGGAGCAAUCUGUAUAAUGAAUCCAGAAGCUAUGCAAUCCAGUGGUGUGAAGACAUUUAGCAGUUGCAGUUUGAGUGACUUUGAAAAUUUCAUUUCAAAAAUGGGUGCCAAAUGUCUUCAGAAUAAGCCACAAAUGCAAUCGCCUGCAACAUCAAUUUGUGGUAACCGCAGAGUAGAGGGAAAUGAAGACUGUGACUGUGGUACUGAGGAACAAUGUGGACCUCAUAGCUGUUGUAAUCCGCAAACUUGUUUGCUGAAAGCAGGAUCACAGUGUGACAGAGGAUCAUGCUGCAGGGACUGUCGACUUGCAGAAGCAGGUGUUGAAUGUAGGCGCAGAGUGAAUGCUGAAUGUGAUCUUGCUGAGGUUUGUGAUGGAGUCUCACCAGAGUGUCCACCUGAUAUAACUAUGCUCAAUGGAAAUUUAUGUAAAGGAGGACAACAUGUAUGUCAUAGUGGAGACUGCCAAGAUCCUGAUGCACGUUGUGCAUCCCUAUUUGGAAAAGGUUCAAGAAGUGCUCCAUUUGCCUGCUAUGAAGAAAUACAAAAUCAUAAUGAUAGGUUUGGGAACUGCGGUAAGAGAGGAGGCAGAUAUAUAUUCUGUGGAUGGAGGAAUCUUGCAUGUGGAAAAUUAACUUGUACCUACCCUUAUUCAAGUCCUUACCAUCAAGAAAAUGGUGCUGUGAUUUAUGCUUUUGUACGAGAUACCGUAUGUGUAACUAUAGACUACCAAGGGCGUGAUCCAGAUCCAUUGUUGGCCCGUAGUGGCGCUGACUGUGAUAAUGGGAGGAUAUGUAUAAAUUCAGUAUGUGUAGAAUCAAGGAUACUUAAGGGAGAAGCACUAACUUGUUCACAACGGUGCAGUGGACAUGGAGUGUGCACUUCCAAUUUGACAUGCCAUUGUACUGAUGGCUACAGGCCUCCAAAUUGCGCAAGACGUGCCAGAGAAUCUUCUAGAUUGCCUGGGAAACAGGGUUUAAUCAUGGAAAGAGCUUUUAGGAAGGCUGAAAAAAAACGGUGGUUUCUAGGUCUCUACAUUGCUUUACCUGUUCUCAUCGUAGCAACCAUAAUAGCUGUUUCAUGGAAUAAUUUGAAAAAGUUGUUCACCAAGGAAGAGGAGUCACUAAGUAGCGAAUCAGAAGGCAGCACUCACACAUAUGCCAGCAGAUCCAGAUCAGAAAGCAGCAGCCGAACAGUGACUGUUGGAUUCAAAUCACAAGAAAGCACCCAAACAUUUAACAUAACUAGUAAUUCCUUCAGAAGGCAAUGGAUAUCACCGAGGGUCUCACUGAGAAAUGAAAAUUCUACCUUUCCUCCCCUGAUCACAGCUGAAGGAAACAAUAAACGGAGUGUGGACCAAUUUGCAUACGUGUCUGUUUUUCUCUCUUCCUCCACUCUGAGGCUGCAGUCCUACCAUUUCAGGGGCCCUAACUGA